AUGUCUAAUCUAUGGUUAGAUGACGGUCAACAGCAGGAUGCAUGGUACGCACAGGGUCAAGGAGCAUCUCAACCUCAACCCAAUAUGAGUUGGGGACAAUUCGACUACUCACAACAACAGCAGCAGGACGCUAAUCAACAAUAUACUAGCAAUCAAAGUUAUUACCAACAGCAGAAUCCAUAUGCCCAAUCGCAGAAUUUCUACGGCGGUCAAAUGUUUGUUCCAAGCGCCGGCGUUGGAGGCGCAGGUGGUGGUGAUGGUGAAGACUACGAAAACGAGCCACCAUUGCUCGAAGAGCUCGGGAUUAAUUUCUCUCAUAUCAAAGAAAAGACGUUUGCUGUACUGAAUCCAACAAGUAGUGCAUCACCCGAAGUUAUCGAGGAUCAAGACCUGGCAGGACCUCUAGUAUUCUGCUUGUUGUUUGGAUUUGCAUUACUACUUCAUGGGAAAAUGACGUUCGGUUAUAUUUACGGCAUAGGUGGGCUUGGAUGUGUGGGCAUGUAUGCUUUGAUGAAUCUCAUGGCGGGUAGCGGAAAAGACGAUCUCAUUCACAUGCACAGCUUCUGUGUUGGGUUACUGUUUACUUCCGAUGGCGCUUCUCAGCCUGGUAACGGCAGUGUUGUCCUUCAAGAUAUGAACCUAAAAGUUGAUACAACCCCGGAAGCGUGGCUUGUCACUCCAACUCCGGGAUACGUGUUAAAAUUCAAUGAGGUUGACAUGAAAUUGGUUUUUGGUGAAAGUGAGCCGCACAAGUGCUUUCUAAACAUCUGUCAUUGUGAGGAGCUACCGCCACCAACCGAUGAUAUUGAUGAAGACGAGCUUGCAGCUCGUAUUGAUAAAGGAGAUGUUGGUUACCGUAUACCAGUCAGCAUUGGUGAACUCGAUAGUGUCGUUGAUAAUAAGAAUGUUAAUCAGCCAAAGAUCGACGUGCUGGUGAAUAGCGUGUUUUACGAGAAAAGGCUCGCACCGCCUGCUGCCAAUUUUUUCCGCCAUUUCUUCUGUAUGGUAGUGUGUGACGCCAUCGAAGAUAAGCAUCAUUUGAAACUGGAUCCAAAUAAAUGUGUGAAGCUGAAAAAUCGUACAGUGAUGGGCUGUAUUGAACCAAUGAAGAUCGCCAAGAGGCCAGUGGCACCGGUGAUUCAGGAAAUCGCAUCAAUUGACCCAGAGCCGGAACCAAGGAUACCGGUAUGUUAUUUUCUGUGCCUGUUGCGACUUCGCAUAAAUCGAGAUCGUGUUGUUUUGUUAGCGGACAAUUCUAGAAGCAUUUACGACUUCUGUGUGCCCUUCUAUAUGGAUUCGACAAAUGUUCGACAUAAAUUUCUACCAGAUGUUGCAAAGUUGAAGUUUUCAGUGCCGAUAUACUAUCCAUAA